AUGAUAACAGCCCAAGAAUAUUUGCCGAAACUUGCAAAAGCUGCCAGGUUGGUAUUGGUAAGUAUUUCUGAUGUUUUGUCUUGGACUUCAUCAAUUUUCAUUGAUUUGUUUAAUCGCUUAGGCCGAAUCUCCAAGUGGACUGUCGGGUCAAGAGGAGACGGAGAUUCUUCGUGCAGCUGCUCAGUGUCAUAUUUGUCUAACUAGUAAAGGAAUUCAAUCUCAAUUCGACUACGCUGAAUCCAUCGACAACGGGCAACCACGAAACAGAAAACAUCGUGCUCAUUUCCAUCGCAUGGUCUGUCAGUUUGAAGUGAAUGGCAUCCAAGUUCACUACUUCAAUUUUAGCUCUCCCGCACAAACUUUGGGCAACCUCAAAUUUACUGGAAUGUCGGUGUUCCAAGGUUUACCCGACCAAUGA